CCAGUAAUGAUAAGGGCUUGUUGCUGUCACGUACAGGUGGACAAGGAACAGAGAUUUCUGGUCUCCUGUGCUAGAGGUUAAUUGAAACUGGGCCAACAGCGCAGAAGCAGCUGUGCAAAGAGUGGUUCUUAAGAAAUGGUAUUAGAACUGCCUGUCUCAUUUAAUGGAAAAGUAGGAGGUGAUCUGACUGCAGUCCGUAAAGGCACUAGGGAGGAAGAAAGGCUCUUUACCAUUAAAGGGAAUACUGAAAAAGAACAAACUGGUGCCAGGUAGCCGCUGAUGCCAUUAGCUAAAUUGACUGUUAAAACAAAGCUCUGUAAUUUAGAUCAUGUUCUGUCUGAAUAGUAAUUGGGAUUAAAAGACGCAAAACCAGAAUGAAUUAUAGUUGUUAUUCUCAUUAUAAAAUAAACCCUUCUAAAGAUGCUGGAAACAUAUUUUUUGAAGUUAAAACUUGCCAAGUACUCUCCAUAGUGAGGAAACACAAAUGUAAUGUUCCUAAUUAAUCUGACUUUAUAUCUGACUACACAUCUGUGCUGUUAAUUUCAAGGGACAAAAUUCAUGCGUCACAUGUUGGGAAAACCAUUAAUGUCACUCAAAUAAUUACAUGCUUCUUUAAGAUUCUGUGUUCUGCUGUGUCUUGAGUUCUGUAUUUUGCUCUUUCUGCUUCUAGAAUCUUCUGUUGUUUCAGAUAUCUCUCAUACUUACUCAUCUGUAUCUACCUAUUUUAAUUAGGCCUGUAGGAUGUUACUAAAGAAAUGAUUGCCCAAGAAGCACUGAUAUAUAGUACAUUUUUCUAGUUCUCUUGAAGUAUGUGUGUGAACUGUGGCUAUGUCAACACGCAGCAUUCAAUCCCAGAAGAUUAAGUAGCCUGAAAAAAAGUCCCCCAAGUGCUUGGUUUGAUUUGCUUCAACAACCCCACACUCAAGUUUGUAAUUUAUAAGUUAAUGGGAGGCAACUGUGCUUUACACAAGAGAAGGAAAACUUGUUUUCCCGGUAGGUGUGGCAGCUGUUACUGAUAUUAAAGAACACCAAGCAUGGAAAUGAAAUGUAUUGGCAAGGUAUCGUACCAGCAGUUUUUGCUUCAGUGUUCUUCUGAAUUGAAUGACUCUUGGAGUUUCUCUUAAAAACAUUGAAGUUUUUGCCUGGUUACAAUAAACAAUCUAUAGAUCAUACCUUAGCAAAAAAUAAAUGGAGGACUGAACAGAGCUUCACUCGUCUAUCUGCUUUAAAAGGAAAGAGCAGUUGUGAGAAUACUGCACAGUUUUCUGAAGGCAUGAACUGUUGGUUUUUUGCCUAAAUUCAGUUGAGAUUCAGAAGCUAGAUUGCUGUCUUCAAAAGGAAGGUUUUACUGGUUGGAAAAAACUGUGUUUAAGCAGAACACGAGACCCCAGGAGAACUUUUCAACCCAAGUAGUGAAGUUGCCAAGGAAUUCAGAUGCGGCAGCAUAAAGUGCAAGGACAAAGAAAUGUGCAUCCACAUUUAGUUACAUUCAGAAUGUUGUGUGGUGGGAGAAAAUCUUACUUUGCUGCUACUGUGUGCAUUGUUACUCUAACUUCAAUGAUCACACUUUCUUAUCUUAGGUUACAGAGACCUUCUCACCUGCCAAAAAUAAUUUAUGAAGUUAGCAAAUGUAGAAGGGAAAUUACCAAUAGCACAAUAACACCAUUAACAGAUAACAGAACUUUUAUUGUAUCCCCAUACUUCGACAACAGAGGAGGCAAAGUCACUCGUGUGAUUGGGAUUGUUCACCAUGAGGAUGUAAAAGAACUGUUCUGCUGGUUCUGCUGUCAGCCCGAUGGAAAGAUCUAUGUAUCAAAAGCAACAAUCGAUGUUCACUCAGAUAGGUUUGGGUUCCCUUACGGAGCAGCAGAUAUAGUUUGUUUGGAACCUGAAAACUGCGACCCAACGCAUGUAUCCAUUCACCAGUCUCCACUUGGAAAUAUUGACCAGCUGCCAAGCUUUGAGAUCAAAAACCGCAAGGCUGAGCCCUUCCCUGUUGACUUCACUGUGUGCAUCUCUGCCAUGUUUGGCCACUACAACAAUGUCUUGCAGUUUAUACAGAGCAUGGAGAUGUACAAGAUUCUCGGGGUACAGAAAGUGGUGGUCUAUAAGAACAACUGCAGCCACCUGAUGGAGAAAGUCUUGAGGUUAUAUAUGGAGGAAGGAACUGUAGAGAUAAUUCCCUGGCCAAUAAACUCCCACCUCAAGGUUUCUUCUGAAUGGCACUUCAUGCAUGAUGGAACACACAUUGGCUAUUAUGGACAAAUCACAGCUCUAAAUGACUGUAUAUACCGUAAUAUGCAGAGGAGCAGGUUUGUGGUUCUUACUGAUGCUGAUGAAAUAAUUCUUCCCCUUAAGCACCCAGACUGGAAAACCAUGAUGAGCAGCCUGCAGAAACAGAACCCAGGGACUGCUGUUUUCCUCUUUGAGAACCAUAUCUUCCCAGAGUCCGUCUCCACUCCCAUGUUCAACAUCUCAUCCUGGAAUACUGUGCCGGGUGUUAACAUAUUAGACCAUGUUCACAGGGAGCCUGACAGGAAAGAAGUUAUAAAUCCCAAGAAAAUGAUAGUUGAUCCACGAAAAGUGAUUCAGACUUCUGUCCACUCUGUCCUCCAUGCUUAUGGGAACAGUGUGAAUGUUCCCAUGGAUGUUGCCCUCAUUUAUCACUGUCGGAAGCCCCUUCAAGCAAACCUUCCCAGAGAAUCCCUCAUCAGAGAUACAACACUGUGGAGAUACAACUCAUCAUUAAUUACGAAUGUUAACAGGGUUCUACAUCAAACUGUACUGUAAGCUCAAAAGUGAAACCUCAGUUAUAAGGAGGGAACGUGAAGAGCUGCCUGUGUCGUGGGGAGGCAGAGGAUAUCAUAAAAUAGAAAUCACUUCCAUAUGAAGUUUAAAUCUUACAGAGAUUUAGACUAACAGCCUUUUAAUGUGUUGUAGGUAAAUGCAUUUGAUUUUUGAACUGUGGCAUGGUACCUUGUAAGAGUCCACAGUGAUCAAAUGCUGACUGAUGAUUUAAGUUCCUCAGGUAAAGUCUCUACUGCAACCUUUUAAGAUGUGAGAGAUGAGGCAUAGUGAGAGGAUAGCUCUUUUGUAUGCCUGUAACUGUGAAAGGGCAUUAUUCCAGCCAUAGGAAGUGUCCAUGCAGAAAUUUGAAAUUUAAUUUACCAAUUUCCAGCUUUCUCUCUUUUCCCGUUCCUAUCCUCAUGGGUUUUAACUUGUACCAUGAACUGUAAACUUCCUGAAGAAGGAAUUAAUUGAGUUUUGGUUAUUUGUCUCUGAAGGACUUGGUGGUUAACAAUAUACAGCUGUGUUUAAUGGUGCCUUUUAAAAGAUGGCUUGGGACAGCAUCUCCCAGAUGAAGAGCAUUAACACUCUAACCCAUUAUAAUCACAAAGGCAGGGUAAGCAAACCCACCACCUAUAGCACUGGAGCCGUCACUUGUUAGAGGUAUUUCUUCUUAAGGGAAAUGAGAAUUCAUAGCAGAGCCAUGAGUCAUUUCAUGAAACCAAGCAUCAAUGCAGAUGGUAUUCCUUCUGGAAAAUGUAAAAUGAGGUUAUUUUCACUAAGGAAAAAUAAAAAUCAGUAUUUCUCAACUGAUUCAAAUAAUGCAAAAGGCUGUGCAGAGUUUUCAACCAAUGUACAAAAGAUAACCACUAUGGUCCUUAGUAUUAAUGUUGUUUAAUUCUUGCAGUUUGUAUGUCACUGUUUGGGUACAAAAUUUCUAUGUGCCCAGUUGAGUAAGAGGCAAACUAAUAAAUUGUGAAAAUAAUUGA